UCAAGGUUAAUGUGUAUGAAUUUGAGAGGUUGUGAAUCGCUGACAGAACUACCAGACUUCAGUGGAAUCCCCAACUUGAAGGAGUUGGAUCUCUCUGACUGUAAGAGUUUAAUUAAGGUUCCUGAUUCCCUUGGAUUGCUUGAUAAGCUUGUUAGUUUGAAAAUGGACCACUGCUCUAACCUUAUUAUGUUUCCAAGAAAAAUCAAUUUGAAAUCUAUAGAAACUAUUUCUAUUAGCUAUUGCAAGCUUGAAGAAUUUUCAGAAAUUGGGGAAGAUAUGGGUUCAUUGAGAAGUUUGGAUCUAUCAGGCACUCUUAUUAGAAAUUUGCAUCCGUCCAUUACAACACUUAUUGGGAUAGAAGACUUGAUACUAAUCGAGUGUCGAAAUCUUACAAGUCUGCCGUGUAGUAUCAAUGAGUUGCGUAAUCUGAAGGUUCUUUAUGUGGUAAGUUGCUCAAGUCUUUGUGCACUUCCAUGUUUUCCUUCAAAGAUGGAUUCCUUGAGAAAACUUUAUCUAGCAGGCAGUGGCAUCAGAGAGUUGGAUGAGUCAAUUGGAAAUCUCAUUGAGCUUGAAUGGUUGUAUCUUAGUCAUUGCAUUAAUCUUAGUACUCUACCAAGCAGUAUUUAUGGAUUACAAAAUUUAAAGACGCUCUAUCUCGUUGAAUGCCCAAAACUUGUUAGAUUUCCAACAAAUACCAACAUUUUGAAGGAUAAUGAUGGUGGCUCGCUAUCACUUCCGAAGCUAGUUUGGUUGGUUAUCAGAGGAUGCGGUUUAUCAGAUUGUGAUUUCCUCACAACUCUUGAUUGCUGGGAAGCAUUGAAGUGCCUUGAUCUGUCAUUUAACAAUUUCGUUACUCUUCCUGCUUGCUUCACCAAAUUCGUCAACUUGCUGACACUUUACUUGGGGGGUUGCAAGAGACUCCGAGAACUCCCAGAGCUUCCACCAAAGCUUGAGCUAUUCAUAAGGGGGUGUGAAUCACUGGAGAUAGAGAGGGUGUCGCCGUUGUCACGGCAGCUGUCACAACUUUCUUUGUCUUCUGAACCUCUGGAACAACACCACACCCCAGAAGAACCAUCAACAGUGAUUCCUGCAGAUGACGACUUGUGAAUUACACAAAACACAGGCCUCACUACACAUUGUUUGCAAUGAAGCCUCAAACAAUGGUCUGGGCCAACUCUAUAGCUAAUUGGGGACUGUACCUUCUCCACUUGAAAAGGUUACAGACUCUGGCAAAAGUAGCUACAUGCUGAUUGCUGAUCUUAGUUUACUGGAGUCAACAACCAAUGAGCUACAAACAAAGAUAAAAAUAGAAUCAACAGUCAUGGUGCUGCCGAGAUUGGCCACAUGCUGAUGAGGAAUAAUGGCAUUCAGUUAAGUUACAAUCAGUGAUCUGGCUGAAUUUGAGACGACUGCAAUGAGCUAGAAGUAAAGGCACUUGCAGACCUUCAUGAGGAAGUAACAGUCGGUUUUCUUUGUUUACAAGGAUGGAGUUGAGGCUGUGAGUACUCCUCUUGGAAUUCGCAUAUGUUGUGUGGUUAAUAGACUCAUGCAAGCAAGUUAGUGCUGUGUAUUUUUUCUAUUUCAAAGGACAUCAAGCCCAUCUCGGAGAUAUACAGAUUAUGGAGGUACUUGAAACAUUUGAAACUCAAGCAGCAAAUGAAGAUGGCAGUGCGUUUUAGCAAUCUGCUUGCAUUCUACAGACUAGAUUUGGAGACCCACGAAAUAUCCGACCAGUUUUUAGAAAUGGUCCAUGGAUUUAGAAGAUGGGUUAACUUCUGAAUAUAACUAUCUUGAAGAUUAAGUUACCAACUACGAAGUAUAGAAAAUGCUGAGGAUAUGGAAAAAUAUAGAGUACGAAAAGCAUUCGACCAUAGAGAGGGUAAUUUUCUCAAACGCAUUCAUCUCUGUCCGGAAUGGAGUACCAAUCGUGACCUAGCACAAUCACUCAUCUCUGUCAAGGCUAUUCUUACUCUCAUGACAUUCUGAAUUGUAAGUGGUAGUUUUGAGCGGAACGAAUACAGCCUGACACCAAUAUAAUAUGUGAUGAAGAAGCUUAGAGCGGAUUAUUCAUGUCCAUGUCUUCUCUGUGUGGUAUGUUUGUGCUAAGAAACUCUGGGUAUCACUGUUUCUGUAUCAUUUCCUAGUUUGGGUAGCUCUAAAUCAAAACCAGUCAUCUACUGCUACAUUGUCAUUGUACCAACUUAAAGGUUAGAAAUGUCAUUUUGGGGGAAUGCCCAAUCAUAAGACGGUGCUUUGCCUCAGCCACAGACCCUCUGAUGUCACCACAUGACCACAAAGCCUCGACUUGUUUGUUCGAACAAGAACAACAAACAAUGGGUCAAUUGUUACUCUAGUGCUAGAUGGUGGCUUUCUCGAAGAUGAGCUUGGAGAAACUUGUGUUUAUUGGGAAUGUUCUUUGAUUCAUUUCUCUGCCGAAUGGGGGGACUUGGAUUGUGCCUGCAAGGUGUUUGAUGAAAUGCUUACGAGAGACACUGUAGAGUUGAAGGGCAAUACAACUGUGGGGUUCCAUUGGAGAAUAAUAUGCUCAUGGUGUUCUCUCAAGCCUAUGCUUCCUCAAGGUGGUGUUUGGAUGAACUGGUCAAGAUUCUUGAAUGCAGAGUUAGAACGGUUUUCUACAAGGUGGAACCUUCAGAUGUUCGACACCAAACAGGUGCUUUCGGUGAGGGAUUUGCCGCGCUUGAUCAAUGCAAAUACAAGGACAACAUGCAGAAAUGGAAAUUGAUUGCGCGAUUCUCUCAUGGUUGGAUUUUGGAUUUGGUUUGUUGAAGAUAUUUGACAUGGGAUGAUUACUUUAUGGCAAUUGCCUUUUUGUCAGCUGAAAGAUCCAAAGAUCCCAACAGGCAGGUUGGAGCAUGCUUGGUGGUGAGUCAAAGUGGUAUAAUUCUAGGGAUUGGGUACAAUGGGUUCCCAAGAGGUUGUUUGGACGACAAGCUUCCUUGGGCAAAGCUAUCCAGAACUGGGGAUCCUUUGGAGACAAAAUAUCCUAAUUAUGUCUGUCAUGCUGAAGUGAAUGCAAUCUUAAACACCAAUCAUGCUUCUGCUGCAGGACAGUCAGGAGUUGCUGAAGUUGUAUAUUUUGUGGAGAAGAGAUUAAACAAUCCAGACAUCACAUAUAUUGCUUCUCACAAGUUGCUAUCAAUGGCUGGUGUGAAAGUCAGGAAGCAUCAACCACAAAUGAACCAGAUUCUAAUCAACUUUGAGCAGCAGUAUGUGUUUUCGAUGAAACUUGAUCUAUCAGUUGUAUUUUUCCUAUCCACAGAACAGUAAACACAGCCUCAGCUCACCGUAACCAUUGUAGUGCUUCCUCUAAAGAUCUUGUAUUAGGUUGAUGCCUACGACCUUGUCCUCUGGUCGGAUUGUUGAAGUUAAAGUUCUGUAUUUGCAGUCGUGACACUUAGAAACCAUAUUGUGAUCUUCUAAAACGUUAAGGGGCCAUAUUUUCAUCAUCUGAAAGCACAGUCUUCCCAAAUGUUUUUAAUUAAAAA